AUGCGCCUGCACACUGCUGCUCGUCAGCAGCAUCCUGAUCUAUCAGGAGGUCGUUGCUGGCCGGACGCACCUAGCCGUGAUCUAUGGCGGCUUCUUCCUCUUGGUGAUUGGACUGGUUUCAUCGGUUGCCUUUGUGCUGCACGAGACCUCGCAGUUGGAGGUGUCAGUUCUGGGGCCUUCCACCCUGUUUACCACCUUCAGUCCCCGUUGGCGAUCUGCCUCCAGGCUGUGGAGAAAACCGAGAAGAAGGGUCAGUGA